GGCAUACGGAAGCAAUUGCGGAGGGGAGUGAGCCAAUUGGUGAGCGGCACUGAGCGCAUAUUCAAGCCAUCAACACAUUGGCUGCCAUUUCCUUUGGUUGUCUGGUGCUCUCAGGUGCAUGUCUUAUUGAUGCGUCAGGCAUUGCGUCCUUUCCGCCUCAUUUUCUUCACCUUGCUCCAGCGACCAUUCCUUGACUCGAGAUCAUCUCCCCUGUACUGCGAGAUGUCGUCUUUUGCUCCCGGGAAGCAGCAGACGAUGGCACGCAUCAUGGAUAGCGUGUAUGGGCCGCUCACUGACGCCUUUCCAUCGCCUAUGCCAAAGACGGAAGCAGGUUGAUCGAACGAUGCUUCACUUUUAUCAAUCUUAUCACCAAGUUUGGCACGACUCUCCGCGUCUGUGUUCGGUAGGCCCCACGAGUCAAGGGUCUCAACGCAGAUACCUGUGGACGGACGCAUUUGCCGUAUGCAAUUAUGUGAGCCUCGCCCAUAGAGCUGGACAGGAGGGGGAUGGUCAGUUGAGGGCCAUGUACCUGACCAUGGCAGGUAAGAUCCCUUCUCGCAUCGACUGUCCGUGCAGUGCUGUUUGUUUUCUUCCUGUCGUCCAGCCCGUCUUAUUGACACCGUCCAUGCAUCACUGGGCACUCCGCGGUCGGAAGAGUACCCCAUGAUCCCUUCAGAGCACAACUCGCCGAGCGGCUUCAAGGGGCUUCGCAUCGGAAAGGUAGCGAAGGAUGCUGCGCAUGACUGACUUCGCCGCCGCAUGAGCAGCAUCGAUUCUUGACCUUGCAGGUGGACCCUAACACAGACCCCGGGAUGCGCGCUGACGGCAUGUAUUGUAAGCUGAGACACACGUAGACACAUCUGUCAGCCAGUACAAAUGCACAAGGUGUGGUGCUUGCCUGCAGGGCACUAUGUGGUGAGCCUGUAGUUCCGGGAAGGUGUUGGCCCCGUUUUCACAUGUGUUCCGUCUCAGGAUAAGUGGCUGUUUGCGUUGCUGCGGAUGUACAACGAGUCGGAUGAUGCCAAAUACCUGAACGCAGCCGUCUCCAUCGUCAAAGGUACGGCAGCGCUGACAUCCACGCUCACUCACUCACUCUGUUGUUACGUGUGCUUUGUCCAUCUCCUCACAGACAUCCACGAAAGCUUCGUGGCCAAGUGGAGGGGCAAGCCCGUCGGCUUGUAUUGGAAGCUGGGUGUGGAUCUCAAGACCAUUCCUGGAGCUGAGCACACAGCAGCCAACGACGACGCCCUCUCGGCGUACAUCGUGUACGCCCUCAUCGACCAUCACUACAGCAAGGCAAUUCCCGACCACCAGCAUCCUCUCAAGCGAGAGAUAGACGAGCUGCGCGAGAUCCUCAAAGACUACCCCAUGCCAAUGCGCGUCUCGCCUGACCCUCUCGGUAGUAUAGGCCCGAUUCCCAUGCACACUCAUUCAGCAGAAUUCCCUUUCUCUCCCAUCUACGCAGGAGUUGGGCUGAAGCUGUGGAAGAGUCAGUGGCUGACUGAAAAGGAGGACACACGGCACCCUCACCAAUCGGCGGGCGACACCAUAGGCCAACUCUUCCUCAAGGGGGGGCGACAGAUCAUCGAGCGUGCAACCGACCCGAUCGACGAGCCCCUUCCCUUCAGGCUCUACGGUCUCCUGAUGGGUAGGCCUGAAGGGAGGUGAAUGUGGUAUUCAGCUCCCUGUGUGAUCAAUCAGGUAUGCGCGUGGCGUGGCGCUCGGACGAAGAGAAGCGGCCCCGUUUCUCCAGGGGCCUCCACUUGGACUCGGUGCUGUCGCACUGGGAGAAAAAAGAGACGGGCAGCGUAGCGAGCAGCUCGCGGAACGAGCACAGCUGUAUCAAUCGUGUCAUGUUCGUCAGCGCCAUGGAUGGGCUGGCGUGGGAGCGUCGGGUGGACGAACCACUCCUGCCAGUGGAUCAGUGAGUAGGCCGAGAGAUGGGAUGACUGAUGGUAUAGUGGCCAUCUUGAUGUGCAUAAGGGGAUUCAUCUGUCCAUGGACUUCAUGUGUGCUCUCACGAAAACGUCUUUUUCGUUGUGAAGGCUCGGCCAUCAUUCUCUC